CGCGGCCAGCGGUGCUGCUCGGUCCACCUUUUAUUGGUCGAACCUCCCAUUACCGCCGGACUUCCCUUUUAUCACCUUGAAUAACAAAAAGAGACUUUGUUGGCAAGGGGAAAAAUGUCUCUGCUUUUUCAAACGUCUUAGUUAGGUUACAAGUGGGUGUUUGAAAGAGCCUUCACUAUCAAUGUACUGGGCGGGUGUUUGAACUGGAAUCCCCGUAUAUGAUUUUCUUACGCAGGUCCGGGAAGGGAGGAGGAUGGAUGGAAGGGGAAGGUGGUACAGUGACUGGCAGGUAGCGAAGCGAUGCACAUAGCUUUGAUAAAUCCAGAAUCGUAUUUUUAGGCUUGAGACGUGGACUGGUUGGAGAAACGGUGAUCAGGGAGAGACGGACCUAAAGGCGGGUUGGGGGCGGAAGCUGCUGUGCGUUUGGCUCACGAAAAGGCUUCAACAGCAUCUGCAGUGGAGCAGAGCAACUAGACCCCACUCCCAAAUAAACAAAUAAUUACGAUGAUAAAAAUAUAAACGACUGGAAGGUAAUUCUGAUGUUCAGAAGAUAAUAUGUGCUUUUCGUAUAGUUGAUGUUUUCCAAAGAGGAAAGCAGGGGAAAUCAUCUUUUUGUUUUGUUUUGUUUUGCUUUGUUUUUUAACUCCAUGCCCGCCGGCGAAGAGCAGACAGACGAGCCGGGAGUAAUGUGACUGUCAUCGCUCCUGCACGCCACUCCGCUCUUCAUUUUUACCGUAACCAGCCUGGACCUAAACUAUUUCAAUGUAUUUAUUUCUUUUUAUCUUUCUAAUCCACCCUUCCUUUUACUUUUGAAGAGGAUCCGGCGUUUCGUGACUUUGUCCCUGUUGAGGAGACCAUCCACAGCACGCCGAACCCCCUCGCCAUCUCCUCCCCUCGAUCGUUUACUGCGCUCCGGCAGCGGCAGAUCUUCGCCUUAACCCCGGCGGAAUCGAUCUGAGUAACCGGCCGCGUCGAGAGGCGAUAUUUCCGCGAGUAGCCCGCGGGCUCGGGGCGAUCCCGUUUCUCGUGUCGCGAACCCUAAAGGCGGGUGCUCACUGCCGCUGGAUGGUCCGGUGUUCGCGGCUUGCCGGCGCGCCGAUGCUCGGCUCGCUCGCGGUUAUGAGCCGCGGAGGACUGUUAGCGUAGCCUAGCCUAGCCUAGACAGCCGCUAGGAAACACGGUCUUAGCCUAGCCUAGCCGUCAGGAAACACAAGGCAUCGGCGAAGAUAACCGGCGUGCGGCGCUGAGCGCGCACUGACACUUAUUUACAUCACAUCGAACUCAUACAUGUAUACAGACAACAAUUUGUAUCUAGACGAAUAAGUUUCGGCGGCGACUAGGCAUAGUUUUUUUCCGGCGCGGCAUGGCGGAGAACAGCCGGCAGAAACACGGGGACGGCGGCGGUGGCGGCAGCCCCAGCUCCAGCCCGCCGUCGGGGCGCAGGAAGGCGCAGCAGUCCCCGGGAGCCCGAGCGCGGUGCCGGCUGGCCGGACCGGGACACAGCUUCAGGAGGGUGACCCUGACCAAGCCCACCUUCUGCCACCACUGCAGCGACUUCAUAUGGGGGCUGGUGGGCUUCCUGUGCGAAGUGUGCAACUUCAUGUCCCAUGAGAAGUGCCUGAAGCUGGUGAAGGCUGCGUGUUCCUGCAUGGCGCCCUCUCUGGUGCGGGUCCCGGUCGCACACUGUUUUGGUCCGUCGGGACACAAGAAGAGGUUCUGCUGUGUGUGCCGCAAGUCCCUGGAGGGCAGCCCCGGCCUGCGAUGCGAGGUGUGCGAGUUCCACGUCCAUGCCGACUGCGCCCCGUUCAGCUGCAGCGGCUGCCGUCUCUGUCACCAGGAUGGGAGCCUGGACUAUGACAUAUACCAGCAUCACUGGCGGGAGGGGAACCUAUCGUCGGGGGCACGGUGUGAGGUGUGUCGACGGACCUGCGGCUCAUCAGACGUCCUGGUGGGCGUGCGCUGCGAGUGGUGUGGGAUCACGGCACAUGCAUCCUGCUACGUGGUCCUGCCCCCCGACUGCAGCCUGGGUCGUCUGCACAACAUGAUCCUGCACCCCAGCUGCGUGCGCAUCUGCUCACGCAACUUCAGCAAGCUGCACUGCUUCCGAAUCUCCGAAAGCCCUCAGGCCGAGCUGGAUUGCACUGACGAUGUCGAUACCCCAAGUUUGCUAGUGGCCAGUAAGGAGAACCAGUCAUCCUCAUCGCCGGAUUCAGGGAAACAGUCGCUGAAGGUGUUUGACGGUGACGAUGCCCUCAAACGCAACCAGUAUCGCCUGGUCAGCAUCCCCCGCAUCACCAAAAACGAGGAGGUGGUGGACGCUACUCUGCGCGCAUUCUACAUUCCGGAGGAGCCGCAGGACUACGAGCUCCAGGUGUAUGGCCAGCAGGCCCUGGUCAGCGAUGACAUCAUCAACCGCAACGGCACUCCCGACAACAAGUCCGUCUUCAAGGACUGCGUCCCAGAGGCUUGGGUCUUGAGGGCCAAGCCUAAAGAGACGGACGUGCUGAAAAUCUACGCGGGUUGGCUAAAGGUGGGUGUGGCCUACAUCUCAAUCACCUUGUCCAAGAGCAGCACUGUGGACGCCGUCAUCCAAGAGGUCCUGACCCAACUGGGCAAGCAGAAUGAAAACCCUGCUGGAUUCAACCUGGUGGAGGUGUUCAUGGGAAGUAAACAAGUGCAACGGCAAGUUCUGACUGGCCAGGAACUCCUACUUGAUAAAGUUCAACAGAUCAGGAAGACGUCCCUGAGGCAGAUGAACCAGACACGGUUCUACAUCGUGGAGCACCGGAACUCUGUAGUGCAGGUGAACCUGCUGCUAGGGGGUUUUCCCACACAGCUCAUCCGGGAGGACUAUGCAGACCUAUUACGGGAGCACCUGGCCACCAAAAGUCACUUGGUCGCUAUCACCCAUGUUUAUUCUGAACAAGGGGUCGUGGUCCUGCAGAUCACCUGUUUCUCUGAAGCGGAGAGGAUCUACAUGCUGGCCAAAGACACCACAAUCAAUGGCAAGCAGCUCUACUCCCUGGUGAUUCCCGAGAUUAUGCACGAGAAGUUACCACAAGGGUGCUGUCCUCUCCUGGUUUUCGUCAACCCCAAGAGCGGAGGAUUGAAAGGACGCGAGAUAUUGUAUAAUUUCCGGAAACUUCUUAACCCACACCAGGUGUUUGAACUGACUAGUGGUGGACCUCUUCCUGGGCUGCACACCUUUCGGGAUCUUCCCCGCUUCCGGAUCUUGGUAUGUGGAGGUGACGGGACAAUGGGUUGGGUGCUGGGGGUGCUGGAGGAGGUGCGCCACAGACUGGCCUGUCCAGAGCCUGCAAUCGGCAUCAUCCCACUGGGCACAGGAAAUGACCUGUCGCGGGUACUCCGCUGGGGGGCUGGCUACAGUGGGGAGGACCCUUAUGGUGUCCUGGUGGCCGUGGACGAGGCGGAGGAGGUCCAGAUGGACCGCUGGACCAUCCUGCUGGACGCGCAGGAGGUGUCCGAUGAAGAUAAGGGGAACGGCAUUUUGGAGCCCCCUAAGAUUGUGCAGAUGAACAACUACUGUGGCCUGGGCAUCGACGCCGAGCUGAGCCUGGACUUUCAUCAUGCCCGUGAGGAGGAACCCGGCAAGUUUAACAGCAGGCUACACAACAAGGGCGUCUACGUGAAGGUGGGCCUGCAGAAGCUGAGCCACACCCGCAACUUCCACAAGGACAUCAGGCUGCAGGUGGACAAGCAGGACGUGGAGCUGCCCAACAUUGAAGGCCUCAUCUUCCUCAACAUCCCCAGCUGGGGCUCUGGUGCAGACCUGUGGGGCUCCGACAGCGACUCCCGUUUCGAGAAACCCAGCUACGAUGACGGCAUGCUGGAGGUGGUGGGCGUGAACGGUGUGGUGCACAUGGGUCAGGUGCAGAGUGGGCUUCGCUCCGGGAUCCGCAUUGCCCAAGGCACCUACAUCCGCAUCACGGUGACCAAGCCCAUCCCUGUGCAGGUGGACGGGGAGCCCUGGAUCCAGGCUCCAGGACAAAUCAUCAUCUCAGCAGCCGGGCCCAAGGUACGCCUGCUCAAGAAGACUAAGAACAAGCAGAAGAAACAGUCGGGCAGCCUGAAGGAGAACUCAACAUCCAGCGAAAGGGAACACUGAUCCCCCCCCCCCCCACAACCAGGGGUUCCACAUUUAGACUUGAAGCUCAUUGGUUGUGAAUAUCGCAGCCGGACAUAGAGAUGCAAGGUUUUGAGUGAUUCCUGGAUCGGCCGACACACAAGGGACUCCAGGGUUGGAGUCCCUCCUUAUGUCACGUUGUACUCUUUGCUGGCCGACACUGGCUAUGCGUCCGGCCUUCGCAGCUGUCAAAGUGAAAUUCCAUGGUGUGUGUGUGACCGCUUGGAUGCAGUUGCAUCAGAACUUUCAUGUACUCACUCGUUCACAGUUCUUGGACCAUGCUGACCACAUGCGGUUGGGGUCUUGGGCAGGACCGGCUCUGGUACCACAAACGUGAUGUACCGAACACCUCGACAAGGUUUACCAUUAAGCUGAAGUAAGUUAUUGGACGAGAAUACGGACCACUACCUGUUGCCACAAGGUCGUCACACCCAUGAGAAUCACGCUGGAUUCUUUUCUUGGGCUUACCCGUGUGGCUUCCUUUGACUGAUUUUGCGGAGCGGCUCUGGUGAUACACAUGGGUCAGCGAGUCUCAGAUAGGUGACAGGUCACUUCCCUCGGUGUCAGAUGGUAGAAGCCAGUGGUGUGUAAUGACGACGAGCAAUCACUCUGUUAUGGAGACUAGACAAAUCCUUUCCAGAGAUACUCUGUUUGUGUAUUUUGGUGUGUUAUAGACAAACAUCUGGUGCUUUUUGUAUGCUGACAGGCAUGCCCACCAAAAAGAAUGCCUGUCUGAUUUCAGAGCUGUAGUUCACCGGAUGAGCACAUAAGGAUGGUAUUAGUACCUUUUUUAGUCUUCAGCCUUUCACUGUGAUGUUUCACUGUCCGUUACAUACAGUGUUUCAAGUGGCUUCGAUUUGAAGUGGUCCUGAGUUUGCCGUAUCAAUCAAUUAACAGGCUUCCUUCUCUUUCCAUGGAGGUAACUGUAUUUUAAAUAGUACUGUGUGUUCUUACAGAAUAUUUAAUUCGGUGUUAACUUAUGCGUGUAAUGGCUGUGCGUAUUGUGUUCUCAUCAGUAUCUUAUCAAUUAGAGUUUGGUAGAAGCACAGGCCAAAAGAUGCAGAGAUGUGCUGCUUUUGUGGGGAAAAAAAAGUAUUACAGAUGAAUGUGGGGGGGGGGGGGGGGGGAAAAGAGGUAUUCCCCAAAAAAACAGCCAAACCCUUGAGUCUGAGAGCUGAUUUUUCUUCAUUGUUUUGCCAUGUUUAAUGCGAGUGCGACUCCAGAAGCAGACAGCCUUAGGAGCCUAAUGCGGGAAGUUAGAGGACCAAUGCUGAAACAUUCCUAGAUGUGACUCGUGCUAUAUGUGUAUGUGUAGACCAAAGUGCGGUGAGUACGUACAUCUUCAGUUGUCGACUGUUUGUGAGACGCUUCCUACUUAGGAAGAGCGACCUCGUAAAACGGUAGCAUUACAAAAACGUUGCUUCUACGUAACGAAAAUAUCGUGAGAAUGAUGUGCUGGCUGGUCAGUGAUCGAAGCGAUCAUGAAUGUACCAAUCCGCUGCCCUCACUCAUCUACCUCCUUAAGAUGAUCACACCUGAAUAGUUUCUCUCUCAUAGUAGUUGUCCAGUUAAUUUGGUUUCAUCUCCAAGUGUCUCAAUUUCUUAUAUAUAAAGUCAUACAUGCAUUCACACCUGCAUGUAUGUUCAUAGUUAUAUAAAGAAAAGGGUGAAGGAAGGAUUCCUGAAGUGCCAACGGACUGAGCAAGGUUAAAGGUCAAAUGGUGGUAGUUUUAAGUGCUGAUUGGCUAAUGAGACCAAGCGACUUUUUGCCCCAACAAGGCCCAUCCCAUUUUGCUUCCACUCAGCCCGGGUGCGGCCUUCCCUCAGUGAUGCCUCCGCUCGGCACCAAUCCCCUGCCCCCGUCCUUUUCCAGAUCUGUAGCGUGACCAUUGCAGAAAGGCGGUCAGUGGGGGCCUACCCCGACCUCACAGGACGCGGUCGCAGCUUUGGUGACCGACGUAAAUCCGCGUGCCUCUUGCUCGUGGCUUUCCUUGCUACUCUUCUGUAUCUUUGUUUUCGUUGUAGGCAGUAUUGCUGUAUUUUUUUUGGAGUUCAAUUUAGUGUCCAAAUGUCUGUAUAUUUUUCAAGAGUUUUUUUUUUUUCUUUUUAACUGUAAAGAAAAUUGCACUGACUGUAAUGUUUUACAAUAACAUGAAUGUUGAGAUAACUAUAUAUAAAUUAGAUAAACUUACAUGUUAAAAGGUCAUAUAUAUAUAUAUUUAUAUAUGGUAAAAUUAUUAGCACAGUUUGUACUGUCUUAUUGUGCUCGUGUACUUGAGCUGGAAGGUUAUUGUUUGUCAGCCUGCAGUUUGGAGAACAAAUGACACUAGGUGGUUCCACUUAGCCUGUCGUCUGCAGACUGGUAUUUGCAUUGCAUGACUGCGUUCGCAAAAACAAAUACAAUGACCAACGAACAUAAUCUAGGAUAAAUAAAGUGUUUGAAAAUGAAA